GCAUUUCAUUUGUAGAGAAAAUUUUAGUUUUUCACAAAUUAAUUCAUAAUUAACAUCUAAAGAUGCCAAAGGGACGCGUGAGCAAUGUGUGGCAGCACUACGACAUCAACGAGGACUGCGAAAACUUUGCGAUAUGCCGCUAUUGCGGAAAUAAUAUAUCGCGUGGUGGCAUGGCCAGCAAUUUAAAGGGCAACAAUACCACAAAUUUGUGGACGCAUCUGCGCCACAAGCAUAGCGACGAGGUGGUCGUAAAUCCCGUGCAGAGCCGUCAGGGGCGUCUUAUUCCCAUUCUAAAAAAAGAGAAAACUGUGCGAAUAACUAAGGCCAAGCAACUGCGGGAGCCAUUGCAUGUGGCCAAGCCGAAGAUUGAAAGGCAGUCCACAUCGUUUGUCGCCGAGACCGGCGCACUCCCGCAGAAGUGGGAGGAGUAUGAGCAAAACGAUGGGAUCAGCGAGGACAUCAAGGACAUUAUCUACAACGAAGAUCCGCUCUGCUACAGUCCCAUACACGUUAUGGAGGAGGAGGUCGCCCUCGAGUCUGGCGAAAAGGUCACCGUGCUGAACCCCAGCGGCCAUAGCCGCGCCACCAUCAGCAGUGCCCCAGUCGUGGCCACUGUGGUGGCCUCGAACACCAACACGGCCAACGCGGCCAAACAGCUGAAGAACAACCUGGAGACAUCCAUCGACCGCCUGACCACGGUCAGCGAGCAACUGAGCUACAUCAUUCAGCAGAGCCACGAGGAACAUAGCAAGGACGACGACUACUACUUCGCCCUGAGCCUUGUGCCCAGCAUGCGCCAGAUGUCGCUGAGCCGCAAGCUAUAUGUGCGCACCAAGAUCCAGGAGGUUAUCUUCAAGACGAGCGAGGAGGCCACCUCCGGCAAGGACGAAUGAAUAGAUUAAGUAUAAGCUACCAAGAAGUCGAAGAAACGAAAGCAACCAAACAGCAACAGAGACAGCUGUUUGAAUGGGUUCUUUCUCGUUUGGGUUUUGGGUAGCUGAAUUUAAUCGAUUAGGCUAAGUGUAUGACUUUAUGUAUUCUGUAGAUCCACUUAAUCAUCUUUUCUUUCAGCAUUAAUGUAAAAAUUGUAUUCACGAUAAGAAUAAACAUCCAAAUAAAUAUCUGGCAGAGAAACGCAAAAGAGCGAUAUAGUAGAA